UACAAUUCUUCAGGUCGAUAUCUUAUCUUUUACACACAACCGAAGUUUUAACAGAAAAUCAAGAACCCCUGAAGCUCAAAAACCCUAAAAAAAACCCCAAAAAAUGCUUCUACAACCCACCACCACCGUUAAACCUCCACAUCAAAAAACUGAAAAGUAUGUCUCUUUUUCUUCGUCCCUAUCUUAUUCACUGUCUUUUCCAUCUGGGUUUUGCAAUUUGGGUGGUUUUACUAAACCCUUGAUGUGUUCAAAGAAUCAUCAUUCAGUUAUUAGCUGUUCAUCAACAUCACAGGUGCAUAGCUAUGGGACUGUUGACUAUGAGAGGCGGCCAAUAGUGAAAUGGAAUGCUAUUUACAAAAGAAUAUCUAUGAAUGAUGGACCAGAAAGAGGCUCUGUUAGUGUGUUGAAUCAGUGGGAAAAUGAGGGGAAAAAGGUUACGAAAUGGGAACUUUCUAGGGUCAUUAAGGAGCUAAGGAAGUUUAGGCGUUAUAAGCUGGCUUUUGAGGUGUAUGAGUGGAUGAACAAUAGACCAGAGAGGUUUAGACUAACCACCAGUGAUACUGCUAUUCAAUUAGACCUGAUAGCAAAAGUACAUGGAAUAUCAAGUGCUGAAGAAUACUUUGAUAAGUUGCCAGACACCUUAAAAGAUAAGCGGAUAUAUGGGUCUCUUUUAAAUGCCUUUGUGCGGUCUAGAAAGAAGGAACAAGCUGAAUCUUUACUUGAUAAAAUGAGAAACAGAGGAUACACUGAUCAUGCUCUUCCAUUCAAUGUGAUGAUGACACUCUAUAUGAACCUUAAAGACUACGACAAGGUUGAAUCCGUGGUUUCAGAAAUGAAGGAGAAAAGAAUUCCACUAGAUAUAUAUUCCUAUAAUAUCUGGUUAUCAUCAUGUGGAUCUCAAGGAUCUAUUGAAAAAAUGGAAAAGGUACUCGAACAAAUGAAUCUAGACACUGAUAUCAAUCCAAAUUGGACUACAUUUAGUACCAUGGCUACUAUGUACAUUAAGUUGGGGCAGAUGAAAAAAGCUGAAGACUCUUUGAAAAGUGUUGAGAGCAGAAUCACAGGCCGUGAUCGAAUUCCAUAUCAUUAUCUCAUCAGUCUCUAUGGUAGUCUUGGUAAAAAGGAAGACGUUCUCCGAAUCUGGAAAACCUACCAAUCGCAGUUUCCAAAUAUUCCAAACCUGGGAUAUCAUUCUGUAAUAUCUUCUCUGGUGAGGUUGGAUGAUAUUGAAGGUGCAGAAAAAAUAUAUGAUGAGUGGCUACCUGUGAAGGUUCACUAUGAUCCUAGAAUAGGAAAUCUUUUAUUGGGUUAUUACGUGAGGAAGGGUUUCGUGGACAAGGCUAGUGCUUUCUUUGACCAAAUGAUUGGAGCUGGUGGAAAGCCAAACUCAAUGACCUGCGAGAUCCUUGCCGAAGGCCAUAUCAGGGAUCGGAGGAUAUCAGAGGCUUUGUCAUGCUUGAAGGAUGCUGUUUCAAGUGAGGGAUCAAAGAGCUGGAGACCGAAACCUGCAACUGUAUCUUCCAUUCUCAGGCUUUGUGAGCAGGAAGACGAUAUACAAAAUAAAGAAGUCCUGUUGGAGGUGUUGAAGCAAGUUGGGUGUCUUGACGAUGAAAAGUACAUGUCAUAUAUUCCAUUAUCAAAUGGUUCAUUUACCAGUAGUGAGCGAGAAAUAGAGAAGGAUACAUCUGAUAACGAUGAAGGAUCUGACAUACUGCUCAACCAGUUGCAAGAAAGCUUGUGAGACUUUUUCACUCACUUUGAAAUGCAACUAUUUUUCCAGGUACACACACACACAUUGGCGAUAACACCUUGUGAAAUUGGAUUUUUGGUACGUGGAUGCUCGGGUAAAGCAAGAGUCUUGUGUAGAGCUGAGAAGCAAGACAUUCAUGAUAAACACAUAUCUACUGAUUUUGGUUUCUCUUCCUAGGGUUGAGGAUCCAUGUCGCGAUAUAUGUAUUUUAUUGAACAUCAAGUAGAAGUGUAUUAUUUUAGCUUCUCCAAUCAAUAUCUCAGUCAGUGAAGUGUGUUGGAAGUUUUAUUUGUAAAUAUGAUGAAUUUUGCAUUAAUCUAUUUGAGGUUCAAGUAGAAGAUUUCAUAUUCAUUCUACUGUUGAAA